AUGUCGGAUAUACUGUGCAGGUGGCUGAACGAGGAGCUCCGGCUGUCAAAAGCUGUUGAUCCAAAGACCUUUGCCAGGGAUUUCUCCAGUGGUUACCUCAUUGGGGAGGUUCUGCAUAAAUAUCAGUUGCAGAAUGAUUUCAGUAUGUUUAUGAAGAAAGACACCUCCAUCUCCAGACUGAGUAAUUUUACCCGCGUUGAGCCGACUCUCCGGUUGCUGGGGAUCUCCUUCGACAUAAACGCAGCCCAGGAACUGAUGCAGGAGAAGCAGGGUGUUGCCACGCGCCUCCUUUACCAACUAUACAUCUCGCUUGAGAAGAAGAAGAAGGCAGAAAUCAGCGGCACGUUGAUGGAAAUCAUGCAGCCUGCAGCCAAUUUUGGCCCGCACAAAAAAGAGCAUGAGAUCUACUCUGAUGUAACUAUUCACAUUAUAAUUCAACACAACGCCAAUAUCUACAAAAUCAUGCGUUUCUUACUGUCUUUUCUUUUACAGCAACUGAACGACAGGCUUGUGAUGACCCUUCCCAUUCAACAAAAGAGACAACUCAGAGUCCAGGAUGAGAAGAGACUGAAGAAUAUCGAGAAGCUGCGGGUGUGUCGUCAGAAGCAAAAUGACAUCAGGACUUUUAACCAGGCCACCAUUGUCCAGGUGCCCAAGCCACCUCCCUACACUUCACAGCUCCACCUAAAGAGGAGGCAACAGCAGCAGCAACUCAGAGAACAACAAGUGCAGACAGUCCAGACUGAAAUAGCCACGUUUGAGACAAGGAGGAAACUGCUUCCUUAUGGUUUAGCUUCCUUAUCAGGUGGUCAGCCGCCCUCUGGAGAUUUCCCCAGAGGUGGCCUCAGCCAAGGCUUUGAGGUCCCAGGAAGUGGAGCGAAGCUGACAUUACAAUCUAAUAGCAAGUAUCUACAGGAUAUCCAACAGAGGCUGGAGGAGAAAGCAGUAGCUCGCGAGCAGAAGGACAAAAGACAAAACAGAUUCCUGGUGGAGCAGCUCAAGGCCCAAGAAGCUCAAGAGGAGGCACAGCGGGAGGAGCAGCUGGUGAAGCGUCUGACACGUCAGACUCAGCAGGAGCAGCGUUUGGCGUCACAGCUCCUCCAGGUUCGCGUGCAGAAGGACGUGGUCCGGAAGAACCGCCUGUUCAGAGAGCAGCAGUACCAGCAGCGGAGAGAGAGGGACUUCCAGGAAGCUCUGGAGAGGGAGGCGGCUCUGGCUCAGCAGGCUAAGCUGGACCGUGCCGAGGAGAUCAGAAAGGAGCUUGAAUUCUGUAACAGGAUUGCUGCUGAGCGAGCUCAGGGCAGAUUCAAGAAGCACCGUCAGACCUGCAAGGACAUUUUGGAGCAGAUAGUGGACUUGGCCACCAAAGUUGGAGAAUAUCGACUGCACACUGGGAAUCUGAUUCCAGAGAAGCCGAUGAGAGAGUGGAAGGAAUUGCUGUUCAGUGGCCUGCCUCUCUAUGAGUCCGUGAAGUGUCAGCAGCCAGGGUUUGGGUUCUCUGCCCCACUAGACCCCGUAGAGCUUAAGAAGCAGGAGAUACUCAAAAACCAGGACUAUGAGGACUACACUAAUAUGGUAGGUGAGUGGGCGUGGCCAGAGGAAGCCAGGGAGACCAAAUUGCCGCUGACCAACAACAACAUUCUUGGACAUGUUGUCCUGCGACUGAGGAACAUUGUUCAUCCACCCAUCGUGGAACCCUCUCCGCCCUCAUUUCCUCACUUUACCAUCAAGGCCUGUGUCCUGGGCAAGUUCUGCUCGGGGAAGACCACCUGCCUGGCCAAGCUCACUCCAGCCCAUGGCAUAUAUGUCUUAUCAGCUGACUCACUGAUCCAGGAGGCACUGAAUGCUUACCAAAAUGGAGAGGAGGAUGUGCAGGUCACAGAGCAGCAGGGAGAGAAAGACAGCGAACUACUGCUCACAUCCUCCACAUCGCUGAAGCCUGAUCUUGACACUCAAGAGGAAAGCAGAGACAGCAAUGCAAGACUUUCUAUCCGGGCCAUGCAGGGAGCAGCUGCAGAGAAAGUGGUGAGGGAAGGCAACGCCAUCCCUAAUGAGCUGUUGGUGGACAUCAUGCUAGAGGCUAUCAGGCAGGUUCCAGCUCAGUCAGGUUGGAUCUUGGAUGGCUUUCCAGUGGACAUCACUCAGGUCUACGUGCUGGAGAAAGCCCUGGGUGGCUCUGUAGAUGGAGGGGAUGGCGUUGUAAGCAGCAGGACAGAGCUCGCUGCUGAUCCUCAUCCACCCAAACCGACACCACCCCCGCCUCCUGCACUGGACCUGGCUCUGCUGCUGGAUGUCCCCGAUGAGUGUGUGAUCAGGCGUGCGUUCAGUCAGCCAGAGACAGAUACUGCUGCUGCUACAACCCCCCAUCCCACAGAUAAGAACUUGUAUAUGGCGCAAAUUCCACACAGGAUCACAGCUUUUCAGGACACCUGGCCAAAACUAGAGAAAUGGUUUGGAGAAAGGCAAAACAUUUUGGUCCGUGUUGACGCAGAUGUGGACGAGGAGGAGCUUCACAAAAGGGUGGAGUCCGUCCUGCAGCGAGUUAUGAUGCAAACACAGGAGGCUCUCGCCGCUCCUCCUGGUGACGAUGUAGUGUUGGACAGUGGGAAAGCUCCGGACUCCUCCUGUUCAGCUACACCUCCACCUGUAGACCAAGCUCACGCAGAGUCCUAUAUCAGCAUUGAUGAAGAAAAAGCCCAAAGUGUGAAGUCACUGUCCAAAUCCAACACACACUCCCCACAAGGGCCAUCUAGGAAGGUUUCAACUUCCUCAGUGACCACUGAGGACUCUCAGGGAGUCCCACCAAAGUCUGCCUCUCCCUGUCCAGGUUCAUCCAGCUGGGUCUACGUGGAUGAACCCCUCCCUCCAGAGCUGCCAGAGUACCUGUGCCACCAUUGGGACACGGUGUGCGAUUCUUACGUGAACAACUUAAAGACGACGAUGUAUCAGCUGAGCUCACAAACGUCUGUGAUUCACCUUCACCUAUUCAACAUCAGAGAGGACUACAAGCGUUACUUGGGGCGUCCAGACUUGAAGCAGGAGUUAGUGUCUCAUUGGCAGAAGGACUUCAACAGCAUCCCUGAUGACAUUAGAGAAGAUGAGGAUACCAAAGCAGAGCUACAUCUGAGGCUGGACGAACUGCGCGAACGUCUGUGGGACAUUAGUGACAAGCGUAAGGAGGAGGACGAGAAAGAGAGGGCGAGGCUCAUGGGGGACGGCUGGUUGGAGGAACACACCGCCGUCCUCAUUAACCACCACUCUGUACUCAUGCAGGUAGAGUUGGACCGUUUCAUGGACACGUUCCGUAUUCUCAAGGUCUACUAUUUGGGCAUGUACGAAGAGGUGCUGCCUGAGCUUCCCUCCCAGUUGGAUUUUAUCCCCCUGCUGGACCAAAUAGACGCUAAGCAGAGAGGCAAGAGCACUGAGCCAGUGGGCACAAGUGUGUCUCGUCAGAUGGACUACGGAGAGGACAAGAAGAAGACUAAACUACGUCCUGACUCCAAGACGAAACACCGGGGUCACGCAGAAUCUGUCAAAAUACCCCAUGAGAAACUGAUCUCCGACUAUGAAGAGGCACUCACAGCAAUCAGACAAUUGGUAUCAGCAGAAGCCCACCAGGGGGAGGCGAAAGAGCAGAAGGAGAAGGCGAAGACUGUCGGAGACAAAAUACAUAAAGAAUAUGCAGCCGCACUGGAUCAUGAGGGGAAUGCGGUAAAGGCGCGCAUAGCGCUGGUGAAGGGUCAUGGUCUGGUGAUGGUGCAGUCCCUGCAGAGCAGAGCAGCACAGACAUUGAGCAGCAUGGAGACGUGGUUAGAAGCACACAAUGUCGCAGUAAUGAAGAGUAUUGAGCAACUGUCAGAAGUGGUCGGCCACCACAUAGAGGCAGGUGCUAAGUUGCAGAACAAGCUGGUGAUGGAAGGCAUUGACUUCUACUUGAAUGGAGACUGCCACAUGGUGGCCAGCCUGGCUCCCCGUCCACCUUCUCUAGAGAAACCCACAAGGUCCACGCCGACCGUCACUCAGCUCGAGUCACUGCAGCGACAGCUGUGCAACGUAGCUCCAUCAGGCCUCAUGUCCAGUUCUUAUUUCCUUGGGUUGCUCAUGGAUAUCAUCUCUGUGAACAUGGGCAGAGACACCUUGCCCGAGCCCUGGAACAACAAGAAUGAAACACAGUUGUUGGAGAUUUUAUCCCUCCUGAUUGACGUCUAUGACUUGAUAGACUGGCGUCAGUUUCUGCUGAGCGCUGCCCUCCCUUGGCCGGUUCCCUCCUUAUCACAGCUGCUGGUCGUGCUCCAACGUUUCAAGGCAGCAGAUACUGGCAACACAGGCUAUGUUAACGAGGACCAGUACCUACAGACAGAGUUGUGGUUUUCCAAUGAGAGUGUCCAGCCCGUCCCAGAUGACCCCUCUGAGCCUCUGCCUUAUGACCGCCUGGCUAACCUACGCAAGUUCUUUUUCCAGUUGUUUGCGGACCGCUCCUCUUUCUCUCCCCCUCGACUGGACUAUGUGUGCAUGCUGCAGUACUUUGCGGCCGACCCUAACCCCAGACAGGGCUUCAUCAGAGCACUCAGUGUGGUGCUGGGACAACAUCUCAAGGACUCCUCCCCGGGCCAUCUUGUCAAGUCUAUGCCCAGUAUUGAAGAGGCUGCCGAGCUCAUCUCCUCGAACCUCGAUGGAGACGACAAGGAAGAAGACACUCCGUGUGCAUGGAGCGGCUCGUUGGGGGAGCAGGAGGUGUCCGUCAAUGCUCUCCUUGCUGUCAUCUGCCACAAAGUCACCCAGCUGAGAGACGGCAGCCCUCUUCCUCCAGGCUGCCUGAGUCAGGAGGAGCACACUGAGCAACUGGUGCGUGUGUUCAGAGAGCUGGGCUACGAGCCCGGGGACUGCGCCCCCUUCUCCGCCCUGUCUCGGCAUCCUUUCAUCCAGCGCCUGAUGGAGACUUCCACACAGUACCAGCUUGUAAACAUCCAUGGAGUGCUACUGUCCCAUCAGGAUGAGAUCCCUGAAGGAUAAUAUACAUACAAGUGUUCUCAUUACUCAGAGUGUUUGCUG